UGAGGACAUGAAAGAUGUUUGAGCAUUCACCAAUGGUCGAGGGAUGGAUGUCCAGUGGUAAUCGCGGAGUGUGACAGUCCAGCUACAUAUCACUUCCUUGGAACCGCCCCUCCUGUAAUUACAUAGUCAGGCGAAUACGUAACCAGCCUCGAGUGACGUCAGAGGAAUCCUCCUUAAUUUAUUUCAGAUGUUCAGCUUAAGAAGAACAGCACUUCAUUCCAUCUCAACUGGGCGUCUCCUGACUUCCAACAGUUUUCAAGCGAAUCGAUCGACGAUGGCUUCCACUCGAUCCAAGUCGACUAUCACCUACCAGCAUCAGGACAGUCUACCACAUCUGCCUGUGCCCGAACUCGAAUCGACUGCUCAGAAGUACUUCCGAUCGAUCUUACCACUCGUAUCCCCUCAGGACCCGCACUCACCCACUGCCUCCGAUGGAACACCCACCCCAGCUUAUAAGCACACGAAAGCUUGCGUGGAAGACUUUCUCAAGUCUCCGUUGGUCAAGGAGCUUCAGAACAGGUUGAAGAAACGCGCCCAUGAGGAAGGCCGAGAGAGCUGGUUGAGCGAAUGGUGGAACGAAUUGGCAUACAUGGCUUAUCGGGACCCGUUGAUCCCGUUCUCUUCCUACUACAUUGCCCACAAGGUCGAUCAUCAUCGCAGAACUGGACCCAAGAGAGCAGCGGGGUUGGUCCGGGCUAUGAUGGAAUUCAGGCAUCUAACCGAGACUGAGCAGCUUGAACCCGAGCAUAGUCGUACCGGGCCGCUCUGCAUGAACAGCUACAGAUGGCUAUUUAACUCCUGUCGAUAUCCCGUCAAACCGUCUGACACGGCCAGAAAGUUCGAUCCCCAAGUUAAUACUCACUUGGUAGUCAUCAGGAAGGGGCAAUUCUUUGAGUUACCGGCCGUCAAGCCUGACGGGACUCUCCUGUCAGAAGCUGAACUGGAGUCGCAAUUCAACAAGGUUAUCCAACUAGCUGGCCCUACCGAAACCCCAUUCCCAGUAGGAGCUCUUACCACUGAGCAUCGUGAUAUAUGGGCCGAUAUGCGAGAAGAGUUGUGCAAAACUGAUCCACACAAUUCCAAAUCGCUUGAAAGAAUUGAGUCUGGCAUAGUAUGCGUAGCUCUAGAUGAUACUUCGCCAAUCACAAGAGAUGAACUUGGAUUCACAAUCUGGUCCGGUGGAGGUAAAAACAGGUUUUUUGAUAAACAGCAAUUGAUUGUUUGUGAAAACGGCCAGAGCGGUUUCAAUGCCGAACAUUCCUGCAUGGAUGGGACGCCUGUGUCUCGGAUGAAUGAUUGGAUACUUGACGCACUUGCCAACAAAAAGAUUGAUUUGGGUUCCAGUUUUGACUCUAAUCUGCCGGCUCCAACGCCCAUAGAGUUUGUACUGUCAGACACAACCAAGCAGAACAUCCUCAGAUCGGUCACCAAGUUCCAUAAUUUGAUGUCUCUGCAGACCUUGGAUGUCUUAGAGUACCCCGGCUACGGAAAGCGUGUGAUCAAGAAUCAAUUCAAGACCUCUCCCGAUGCGAUCGCUCAACUCACCUUCCAAUUGGGACAUUACAAGUUAUUUGGCCGAGUACCUGUGACUUACGAAUCUUGCCAAACAAGAAAAUUCAAGCUUGGUCGAACAGAAGUCAUCCGAUCGUGCUCUAUCGAAGCUCUCGAGUGGUGCAAAGCUAUGGAAGACGUGAACGCUGAUUGGCCUACCCGACUAGAGAAAUUUAAACUAGCUGCCAAGGCCCAUUUGGCAUAUGCUAAAGAAGCUAGCGAUGGGCAAGGUGUAGACAGGCAUUUACUUGGAUUAAGACUUUCUUUGAAACCAGGGGAAGAGAUGCCAGCGCUAUUCCAAGAUCCGAUAUACAAAGAAUCGACUAAUUGGAUAUUAUCUACGAGCACGCUGCCUUCGGAAUAUUUUAACGGGCUCGGAUAUGGUGCAGUUGUGCCUGAAGGCUUCGGCCUGGCUUAUGCCGUGAACGAGGAAUCGAUGAGGUUUACCGUCACGACUACUACCGGGAAUGGCGCUCGCUUGAAAUAUUGCUUGCACGAGGCUGCUGACGACAUCCAUAAGAUGAUGCGAUCUCAAGACGGCAAAGGGGUGCCUAGCGCUAAACUCUAACUUGCCAUCAUUCUUUUUCUUUUGGACGGCUUGUCUAAUCAGCGGGGAAUCCGAUCAUCGAGUUUCCUUUUUUUGCAUUCCUCAUGUCUUCUUUUUUGAUUAUCAACCUCAGCAACAACUAGUGAAUAAAAUUGUUUCUCGUUUGUAUUCUAGAUACUUCCCCUGAUAAGCUGUGUAUCACCAUUGACCUAUAACAUACUGCUUCGUAGUGCACAUAUUGUAAACGCUAUCGUUCUCUCUCUACCGUGAUCUAAUCAGUCGUACUCCUCUAUCUGAACGACUACGGUCAUUGUUGAUUUGGGCGACUGAUCAAUCUACCUUGUUAUAGAUCUUCUUAAAAGUCAUUUUAUUUUUGUACAUAUUUUUUGUGGGAACUCAUUUUACUCUAGUCUAGUGCGAAUGAAGUCAUUAUGGCUUG